ACCAGCCCUAGACCUCUGCUUGAGGGUCCUUCCUCUGAAGACAUCACCAGUGUGUGGAGCCUGCCCCACACCCACCCCCUGCCAAACCACGGCCUUUACCUGUGUCUUCCGGUGUUUCCCGUGCGACCCAUCCUGUGGGAGUGCCUCGUGGGCCACCCCAGAGUUCACCCCACACUCAGCAGCGCCAAUGGUGAAGAUGACAAGAUCCAAGACCUUCCAGGCAUAUCUGCCCUCUUGCCACCGGACCUACAGCUGCAUUCACUGCAGAGCCCACUUGGCCAAUCAUGAUGAACUUAUUUCCAAGUCAUUCCAAGGAAGUCAAGGACGAGCAUACCUCUUUAACUCAGUAGUUAACGUGGGCUGCGGGCCGGCAGAAGAGCGCGUGUUGCUAACAGGACUGCACGCCGUCGCGGACAUUUACUGUGAAAACUGCAAAACCACUCUGGGCUGGAAAUAUGAACAUGCCUUUGAAAGCAGCCAGAAAUAUAAAGAAGGCAAAUACAUCAUUGAGCUAGCACACAUGAUCAAGGACAAUGGCUGGGACUGAUUGGAGAACAUCUACCCAACCCAGUGUCCACGUGAAUGCCAUCCAACCGAACAUUCUACCCAAGCGUGAGAGAGUGACUGAACACUUGGUUCCAUCCAUUUAGGGGCCUUGCCAUCUGGGGCAUUCUCCCACCCUGCCACCAUCUUUCUGGUGACCAGCCUCUAAAUUGCUGUCUCUCUGUCUCUUUGCUUUGUAUCUGUUUGUGAGUUGAUCCUGGCUUCUCUCUCUGUUCUAGUGUUGGCUGAAAGCAAAACAACGAAAGGAACAGAUGCCUGCCCGCAUGGCGGCAGCCCACUUUGAUAAAGGCCCCAGGGCCCUUGAAGAGCUGCCUGAUGGCCUCUUGUCAGGAGAACAGUGGCACAGCGCAGGGGUGUGAGGAAGAGGGGAACCAUGAGGGUCCCGGGUGGGUAGGGGACGGGAGGGUAGAGGUAAGAACAAACUUGUGCUGCUCCUGGAGACCUGGGAACUUAGGCUUGAAAUAAUCGACUUGUCUAAAAGGACAAAGAGAAAAAAAAAUACCUCAUGACUGCAUUCUCUCUGAUCAGAAGCUUCUGUUCCUGACACCAAAUGUGCCAGGUUAGCAAAUGAGCACAAGAAGUGGCCCUAAUUCUAGCUGGCAGGGCAGGGGUCAGCCUGGUUCCCCUGGGCCGAGCUGGGGAGUGUCCUGGCAGCAAUGAGUGACUCGGGAAAAGCCCAGAUGGUUUUGAUGACUCUGAUGCCUCACUGCUCCUCUGGGUAAUCAUCUUUGCCUCUUCAGCCACUGUAGGUGACAGGAGAGGGGACUGCCAUUUGCAAUGGGUGCAAGAUCCAAACGUCCCAAAGGCUUUGACCAGCAACCAAGUAAAAUCAGUGAUGGAGGAUAACAGGGAACAAAGGGGGAUGCGGUUUAGGAGCUCCUGCAGAAAUGGCUCUGAUACUGGGCCAGAGAAAAUAAAAAGUAGAACCAGUUAGCAGUUCUGACUGACCUUUUCUUCUGAACCUUAGUAAGAGAAGAGCAUUGUG